AUGGUCGAGACCACCAUGUCCACUGCAUCGCGUCUCGAGGUGGAAAUCGCCAAACAGAAGAAAUCCCUCGUAGAGCACAUGCAACAGAUGAGCGAUCUUGCCAGGGACAAAAGGGCUGUUGCUAUGCACAAGCGUGCACUGGAGACAAGACGCAAAGAUAUCAACGCCAGGGAAAGCGCUCUUGAGGACAAGGAGAAAAUGGCAAAGGACUCCACAUCCGCACCAAAGACGAAGGGCGACAAAAAGACCAUGCCGAAUGCGAAGAACGAGUGGGAGAAGCACAUGAAGGAAAAGGCAGACUUGAAGCAACUAAAUGCGUCUUUGGAUGCACAGGUCAAAGCGAGCGAGGAGGAGCUUGCCAAGCAGAACCGCGAACUGGAAGUAAAGAUGACCGAACUUGCAAACGUCAAGACGGAGUUGGCCAAAGUAAGCCAGCAGCUUUUUCCUGAGACAGAGUUCUCCAACCUCUUGGUGGAGAAGAAGCAAGUCGAGACGGAGAAUCAGCAUCUCAAGCAGGAGAAGGAGCAGAUCCAGAAAGAAAAAGGGCAACUCGAGCGCGAAAACCAGCAGUCCGCAACAGGGAAAGAAGGCUUGAGCAAAGAGCUCCAACAGCUACGCCUUGAGAACGAGGAGAUCAGGGCUGCGUAG